GGUAUAGAUAUAUAGAGUAACAAUUUUUUUUAUUUUAGAUUGUUCAACGUUUUAGUUAAGCACAUGUAAGUAUAUAAUGAAAAUAAAUACUUUUCUUUUAUUUUGGAUUGUACUCCAUGUUUGAUUGCAUCACAUGUAAGUAUAUUUAAAAAAUCUUUUUUUAUUUUAGGUUGUGUUCAACGUUCAAAUUUAGUACAUGUAAAUUCUGUUAUACGUUUAAGUUCCGCACAUGUAAGUAUAUUAAGAAAAUAA